CUGUUGUUCGUGCGAGUUAAUUUACGAUCUCCGUUAUGUCAAGAUCCGUAAACCUUGGAGAAGGGUACGGCGCAUACCUCUUCUCUUUCACUCGACCAUUACGAUUUUCCAUCGCUCCUAUAGAGAAAGGCCAGUAUGCGACCGACACUCGACGUGAUUUCAUGUGCACAUUCCAAUUUUGAUAUAAUAUUUUUUCUGAUAUAAGGAAGAGAAAAAACGCUAAAGUACUACAUUCCGUUUGUUGAAAAUCGUCAUUGGAUUAUCCUAUUUAAAAAAGUGCAAAAAGUCACCUCUUUGAACAAUUUGUGAAAGAAUUCAAUGACGAAUGCACCGUAACUUAUAUCUCUAUUUUCUUUUUUCUUUCUAUUUUAGUCUUUUCUAUUUUCCUCUGUGCGUAUCUUUGUGUAUGUCUAUGUAGACAAUAAUGUUAUCUGAUUAGAGGUGAAGUGAAUCGACGUUACUUGAAGAUCGUAAUACAUUCACUGCUAGCAUCCGUGUUUUAAUUAUUACGUGAAAGACGCGAUCAUGGUCUCAAGUUUAUUAGUGGUUCUUCUAUUGCCAAGCGUCCUUUCAUUAAAUCAAUUACAAUGGAGGCCUUGUAUCGAGUUAAAGCGGGAUCUUGUAAUACCUUGCAAAUGUGCUAUAUCCGCGGAUUAUCCACGAUCAAUUGAAAUGAAUUGUGAUCGGGUAAUUUUCACGCGUGAUACUUUAAGCAGCUUGUAUGGUCAGCCGAUCACAUCAAUCAGUCAGAAGAAUUGCGGUUAUCAGAUCUUAUCAGAAAAUCUUAUUAAUUCCGAUUUAAAUCUCAAGAAACUCGAUCUGUCGAGCAAUUUGAUUUAUCGGCUGAUGGACCGUGUACUACAGACGCAAAGUGAGCUGCACGAACUGCGACUUAAUGACAAUCUUUUGGGUGACAACUUGAAUCCAAUAUUCUCCAGUAAUGAAUUCCAUGGCAUGAGAGAACUUAAGAUACUUGAUAUUAGCAGAAACGGUCUUAAGAACAUCGAAGAAGGACUUUUAAAAGGAUGCGUUAAUUUAGAAGAGCUGUAUCUCGAUGGCAAUAAUCUGACUGCCAUCCCUACUAAUUCUUUGGAAGGACCACGUGCCAUCAAAGUGCUAUCUUUGGCAGGCAACAAUAUUGAAUCCCUUUCACGAGGCGUUUUUGAUACUAUGAGCAAGUCAUUGCUACGAUUGGAUCUCAGCGGUAAUGAGUUAUUCCAUAUAGAGGAUGGUGCACUUUCUGACGUUCAGAAUUUACUGUUUUUUAACAUUUCUCAUAAUUCUCUUAGUCACGUUAACAGCGACGUCUUCAAAGGAAUUUUUAGUCUGCUUCAGUUAGAUCUUUCGGCUAAUUUCUUCCAGGAGUUUCCCUCUGAUGCACUGAGGCAUUUAACGGAUUUGAAAUACUUGAAUAUGUCCAACAAUCUUCUUACCGAAAUAGAACGGAUACAUCUGUUGAGAUUCAACGAAUUACAAGUAUUAGAUUUGAGCCGUAACAACAUAGUCCGGCUCGGGAGCAAUACAUUCUCUAAUCUUAUUGUUCUUUCAAGAUUGGAUCUGAGCUUCAACGCAUUGCGCACGAUUGAAGAAUCAUCUUUUGACGGUUUGACGAAGCUAAAAUGGUUAUCUUUGCAAGACAACAACAUUCUAUUAGUGCCAACUUCAGCACUUACACUAUUACCAUCUUUGGCGCAUCUGCAUAUGCAGUUCAAUCGCAUCGCCGCUCUAUCUACUGAACUAAUUCGUGCUACAUCAACGAAUCUCAUGACCUUGAGUCUAACACGCAAUUUGGUUCGCGACAUACCACCCAGAUUAUUUUAUAACUUUAAAAAUCUUAUCAGCAUCGAACUUUCUGGCAACAUGCUGUCUAAUAUCUCGCAAAAUAUGUUUGUCGGUCUGGAAGACACUUUGCAGAAUCUCGAUAUAUCGUACAACCAAUUGACAGCUAUCACCGAAUUACCUUUAAGAAAUUUGAUUUCAUUAAAUCUGGCAGGUAACAAAUUAAAACAAGUGUCAUCGGAUGCCUUCAAAUACUUGCAUAAAUUGCAAUAUUUAAAUCUCAGCAGUAAUCCCUUGUAUGGCGGUUUUCCACCGAUAUUUCCUUCGUUCUUGAUUAAUCUUGACAUAUCGUGCACAGAGCUCAAGAUCUUGCCGACAGUGUUGUUAUUGAAUCUUGAAUCACUAGAAAGGAUUUCUCUGGGUGGCAAUCAAUUACAAAAAAUCGACGAGGGCACUUUCCAGUACCUCUAUAAUCUCACAACAAUUGAUCUGUCAUACAAUGCCAUCAAACACAUCGAUAAUAACGCUUUUGUUGGUCUUAUGAAUCUUUAUUCAUUAAAGUUGCGAGGUAACAGACUCACGUGGUUUAUUGGCGAACAUUUCAAUACAGGCACUGGCUUGGAAAUUCUCGAUUUGUCUUACAAUCGCAUCAACUAUCUAUCUCCGACAGCUUUUGCAAUCCAUCCAAGGCUCAAGCGACUCGAUCUUUCCGGCAAUAGAAUUGUUCAGUUUUGCAGUAAUUUUAUUAAAUCACUACAAUUCUUGGAAUGGUUGGAUUUAUCCAGAAAUAUGUUGCGCCACGUGAACAAAUUUGCCUUCUCACAAAUUGGAAGAUUGCGUGAUCUGGAUCUUUCUGAUAAUAGAAUUGAAUCGGUACGUAAAUUAUAUAUAGAUAAUAAAUAGCAAUAACACAAAAAAAACAUUAUAAAAGCAGAAAAAAAUAGAACAAAGAAAUAAAGGAAGAUAAAUGAAUAAAAAUGCAUUCAAAUCUUAAAACAAGAAAAUAGUAAGUAAGAAUACAGUUCACAAGGGACAUGUAACAAGUUUCCGGCGCCAAUUCAUUCUUCUUGAAAUAUGUUGUUAAACACGAAAAUUUAAAAAACCCGUAUUUUUUUUAUAUGUGCGGAACCUUAAAUUUAGGGAGUGAAACACUCCUUUGAAUAAAAAACAGAAU